AUGAGCGACGUGCUAGACGACGAGAUCGCCCAGGUGAGGGCCGAAAUACAAGCCCUGACUCAACAGCGCAAACUCCUAACCUCGUCCCUUCUUGCCUCGACAAAAGUCCAAUCCCGCCUCUCCAACACCUCUCCACCCACCACCACUACGUACCCUCCAAAUGACGCCACCCCGCUGAAUAUCGACAACGUCCAAGAGCACAACCGGUCCAACAUCCACCGGCUAGCCUUCGGCGUGACAGCUUUCCCCUUCAUCGACCCCUCUCCCGAACUCCAGGCCAAGAACCCACUUCUCGGCAUCCGGAUCGACGUGUGCAACCGCAACGGCAAAUUCGAUUCGCCGUACUAUAUAUUCUGUGUUCGAUCGACCGAUAGCGGACAAGAUCUAAGUAUUCAUCGGCAUACGAUUCCCGCGCUUGUGCCGCUGGAGCAGUACGAGCGCGAGUUUUUACCGUUGACUUCACAGGCGCGGGAGGAGGACGAAGGGUAUGUCGGGUCGGACGGGGUCGAGAAUACGACAGGAGAGGCGCGAAAGCAAGACCUCCAUCUCCUCGUGUCACGAGUCAGGUAUGAUCUCGUGAGCUGGCGCUUGAGGAGGGAUGCGGCGGAAUGGCUGAAGGAAGAGCUGGGUCUCUUCGAUAGGCAGAGCAGGAGUGGGGAAAGAUCCAACAGCCCGGAUUCCGCCAAUUCGAGCGGUGGAGAGCGUGGAAAGAGGCUCGAGCCAGACAGCGCCAACAGUGAACAUGAGGACGAAAACUACUCUUCCCCAGACACCGAAAUGACAGACAGCGACUCAGACGAAGAUGAAGUCACCGGCAGGUUCAACGUCGACUCGCUGACCACUCUUGAGGUCGACGCCCGCCAACUCCGUAUUAUCUGGUCGGACGACCGUGUCGGGCGCCUAAAGGUCUCCGAUGACGGCAGGAUCGAGAAGGCGGUGGUCAUCGGCGAAGACGGAAGCCGGGUCAGGGACGUCGAGAGGAUACUGACGGGUGACGAAACAGAGGGCUGCAACGUGAAGCAACUGUUAAGGCGUUUGGAAUUAGUGUAUACCAGGAGCAAGGAGAGAAAAGUCCAGGAGAGCGCCACUCGGUCAAAUGCGCCCAUGGCAGUCGCGGGAAAGAGGAAACGCAAGUCAUGA